AUGGGAAAUGCGGAGAGCCAGAGCGUGGAGCACGCCUUCUACGGGGACAAGCACGCCAGCCUGGGCCGCAAGCACACUUCCCGCUCACUGCGCCUCUCCAAUAAAGCCUCUCGCCGGACACGGCACGCUUCGUCCGGAAAGAUCAUCCAUCGUAACUCGGAAGUGAGCACCCGCUCCAGUAGCACCCCCAGCAUCCCCCAGUCCCUGGCGGAGAACGGCCUGGAGCCCUUUGCCCAGGAGGGCAACCUAGAGGACUUCGGAAGUCCCAUCUGGGUGGACCGCGUGGACAUGGGCCUGCGGCCCAUUUCCUACCACACCGACUCCUCCGUCACCCCCAGCGUGGACAGCAGCACCGUCCUCACCGCCGCCUCUGUCCAGAGCAUGCCCGACUCGGAGGAGAGCAGGCUCUACGGGGACGAGCCGCCCUUCCUGGGAGAGGGCGACGGGAGGUCACAUCGGUACGCGGCCAAUGGGACAAACUUCAUGGAGACGGCCAGCUUCAAGAAGAAGCGCUCCAAAUCGGCCGACAUCUGGCGCGAGGACAGCCUGGAGUUUUCGCUUUCUGACCUCAGCCAGGAGCAUUUAACGAGCAAUGAGGAAAUCCUGGGUUUGGCUGAGGAGAAGGAUGCCGAAGCCACCCGGGGGAUGGAGGCCGGCGGCAGCCCCCCCUGCCAGCGUGCCAACUCUAUGAGUGACUUGUAUUCCCCCAAAACCCCGAGCGCUACCGUCAACGGUGGCCCGCGAAACGCCUUUGGAGGGUACUGCCGGAAUUUAGUGUCCGACAUCCCAGAUAUCGGGAGCCAUAAGUUGGUAUCGGUUACCGCUGAGGAUGCGCCUUCCUACACUAAUUACAAUACGCUGCCCUGUAGGAAAUCCCACUGCCUUUCCGAAGGGGCCACCAACCCACAGAUUAGCCAUAGUAACAGCAUGCAAGGCAGGAGGGCGAAAACUACUCAGGAUGUCAACGCAGGCGAGGGGAGCGAGUUCACCGACAGUGGGAUUGAGGGAGCAGCCACCGACACCGACCUCCUUUCUAGGCGCUCCAAUGCUACCAACUCGAGUUACUCCCCGACUGCCAGCCGGGCUUUCAUCGGCAGCGACAGCGGGAGCAGCUCGACGGGCGAUGGGCUUCGCCAGGGGGUGUAUGAGAACUUCCGCCGGGAACUGGAGAUGAGCACCACCAACAGCGAGAACCUAGAGGAGGCAGGCUCUGCCCUCAGCGACGAGCAGAGCAGCGGCACUCUCAGCUCUCCGGGGCAGUCCGACAUCCUCCUGACGGCCGCCCAGGGCACGGUGCGGAAAGCCGGUGCUCUGGCAGUGAAAAACUUCCUGGUGCACAAAAAGAACAAGAAAGUAGAGUCAGCCACCCGCAGGAAGUGGAAGCACUACUGGGUUUCCCUGAAAGGAUGCACGUUGUUUUUUUAUGAGACUGAUGGCAGAUCUGGUAUUGACCACAACAGCAUCCCAAAGCACGCUGUCUGGGUGGAAAACAGCAUAGUGCAAGCGGUACCGGAACACCCCAAGAAGGACUUUGUCUUCUGCCUCAGCAACUCCCUUGGGGACGCUUUCCUCUUUCAGACCUCUAGCCAGACCGAACUGGAGAACUGGAUCACUGCAAUCCACUCAGCUUGUGCGACCGCGGUGGCAAGGCAGCAUCACAAAGAGGACACUGUCAAGCUCCUGAAAACAGAGAUAAAAAAGCUGGAGCAGAAGAUCGAUAUGGAUGAAAAGAUGAAGAAAAUGGGUGAAAUGCAGCUGUCCUCAGUAACAGACUCCAAGAAGAAGAAGACCAUACUAGAUCAAAUCUUCGUUUGGGAGCAAAAUCUUGAACAGUUCCAGAUGGACCUGUUUCGGUACCGCUGUUACUUGGCCAGUCUCCAAGGAGGGGAGCUCCCAAACCCUAAAAGACUGCUUGCUUUUGCCAGCCGUCCAACAAAAGUUGCGAUGGGUCGUCUCGGAAUCUUUUCAGUCUCAUCGUUUCAUGCACUGGUGGCGGCUCGCACAGGGGAGUCCGGAGUGAGGAGAAGGACGCAGGCCAUGUCCAGAUCCGCCAGUAAACGGAGGAGCAGGUUUUCUUCUCUUUGGGGACUGGAUACUACCUCGAAGAAAAAGCAAGGGAGGCCAAGCAUUAAUCAGGUCUUUGGUGAAGGAGUUGAUUCAGUGAAGAAAUCUCUCGAAGGAAUCUUUGAUGAUACGGUCCCAGAUGGCAAGAGGGAGAAAGAAGUGGCACUGAGCAGUGUCCAUCAGCACAAUCCCGACUGUGAUAUUUGGGUUCACGAGUAUUUCACGCCGUCUUGGUUCUGCCUGCCGAACAACCAGCCUGCUCUGACAGUCAUCCGUCCUGGGGACACCACACGAGAUGUGCUGGAAAUGAUUUGCAAGACGCACCAACUGGAUCACUCUGCUCACUACCUGCGUCUUAAGUUCCUGAUUGAAAACCAGAUUCAGUUUUAUGUACCAAAGCCAGAAGAGGAUAUCUAUGAACUGCUGUACAAAGAAAUAGAAGUCUGUCAGAAAAUUACACAGCACAUUCAGAUAGAGAAGUCUGAUACAUCGUCUGAUAUCUAUGGUUUCUCUCUGUCCUCCGUGGAAGAAGAAGGGAUUCGUCGUCUGUAUGUGAAUGGCGUCAAAGAGACAGGCCUAGCUUUCAAGAAAGGUCUGAAAGCUGACGAUGAAAUUGUGGAGAUUAACAAGAAAGCUGCUGAGGAUCUGGACUCAGCUUUGCUGAAAGAUGCCCUUGUCCAGCCUUCACUGUGUCUUACCGUGCGCACCUAUCCUGAGAUAGAGGAAGGGCAGAAACUCACGCAGCCACCACCACGGCGCUUGGAAAACACAGCCGACUUGAGUGACAGCGCACUGGCAUUUGCUGGGAGCAACCAAGGGCACUCGCUUUGCGGCGACCCGGACAGCUCCGUGGAGACAGCUCCAGAGGAGACAGAAGCGCAAGACUUGGAGUCAUCUGAUGAGGCUGACAAGAUGAGCAAGAGUACAGAGCAGGUCGCUGCUUUCUGCCGCAGUCUGCAUGAAAUGAACCCUUCUGACUCAAGUGCUCAUCCUCAGGAAUUCACCGGACCCCAGCUGGCCACCAUGAGACAACUCACAGACGCAGAUAAGCUGCGAAAGGUUAUCUGUGAACUUCUUGAGACAGAGCGCACCUAUGUCAAAGACUUAAAUUGUCUAAUGGAGAGAUACCUGAAGCCUCUACAAAAGGAAACGUUCCUCACACCAGAUGAGCUGGAUGUUCUCUUUGGAAAUCUGACUGAAAUGGUAGCAUUCCAGGUAGAGUUCUUGAAAACUCUUGAAGAUGGAGUAAGGCUGGUUCCAGACCUGGAAAAGCUUGAAAAAGUUGAGCAAUUUAAGAAAGUGUUGUUUUCCUUGGGAGGAUCCUUUCUUUACUACGCUGACCGGUUCAAGCUGUACAGUGCCUUCUGCGCCAGCCACACAAAAGUCCCCAAAGUACUGGUGAAAGCCAAGACAGACACUGCUUUCAAGGCAUUUCUGGAUGCCCAGAAUCCCCGACGGCAGCACUCCUCCACACUGGAGUCUUACCUCAUCAAACCCAUCCAGCGGAUCCUGAAAUACCCUCUCAAGGAGCUCUUUGCUCUCACUGAUGUAGACAGUGAAGAACAUUACCACCUUGAUGUGGCCAUAAAAACAAUGAACAAAGUUGCCAGCCACAUUAAUGAAAUGCAGAAAAUCCAUGAAGAAUAUGGGGCAGUGUUUGACCAGCUCAUAGCAGAACAAACAGGGGAGAAAAAGGAGGUUGCAGACCUUUCGAUGGGGGACUUGCUCUUACAUAAUACAGUGAUAUGGCUGAAUCCUCCGGCUUCACUGGGGAAAUGGAAGAAGGAGCCCGAGCUGGCAGCAUUUGUGUUCAAAACUGCUGUGGUUCUUGUAUACAAGGAUGGUUCCAAACAGAAGAAGAAACUUGGAGGAUCACAUAGAGCUUCAAUUUAUGAAGACUGGGAUCCGUUCCGCUUUCGCCACAUGAUACCUUUAGAAGCACUGCAGGUUCGAGCGUUGGCAAGUGCAGAUGCAGAGACCAAUUCUGUAUGUGAGAUUGUCCAUGUUAAAUCUGAGUCUGAAGGCAGGCCAGAAAGAACGUUUCACCUUUGCUGUAGUUCACCAGAACACAGGAAGGACUUUCUGAAGGCAGUGCACUCGAUCCUGCGGGAUAAACACAGAAGACAGCUUCUUAAAACUGAAAGUUUGCCCUCAUCCCAGCAAUAUGUUCCUUUUGGUGGAAAAAGAUUGUGUGCUCUAAAAGGUGCAAGGCCAGCCAUGAACAGGGCAGUGUCAGCCCCAAGCAAGUCUCUUGGGAGGAGAAGGCGGCGGCUGGCCCGAAACAGGUUUACCAUUGACUCAGACGCCGUCUACACGAGCAGCCCCGAAAAAGAGGCCCAGCAGCCCACGCACAGUGGGGACACUGACCGCUGGGUAGAGGAACAGUUUGACCUUGCUCAGUACGAGGAGCAGGAGGACAUCAAGGAAACAGACAUCCUCAGCGAUGACGAUGAGUACUGCGAGGCCAUGAGGGGCGCUGUGGCCGACCGAGACCUUCGGGAGCGGCUGGAGGGAAGCGCAACAAACACAAGAACAGAGCGCCCGCGCCCGCCCAUGGACACGCACGCCUCCAGGAUGACCCAGCUGAAAAAGCAGGCGGCCUUCUCCGGCAUCAACGGUGACGUGGAGGGCCACGGCGAGGAGGUCAUCUGGGUUAGGCGCGAAGACUUUGUCCCCAGCAGGAAACUCAACACGGAGCUCUAAACUGGUCCCUCUUCCCCGCCUGGAUGCGUAGGUCUCCCCAUCCCGCCCUCCAUCCCUCCCUCCUGCCCCCGCGCACCGCGGGGAGCCGACCCCGAUAGAUUGCACACUUGCACACACCAUUUCGGCAGCUCAAUUGGUCCGAAGCCAUGCGGCCACACUUUAGGCAACUGUAAA